CAGGCAGACAGAAGUAGUUGAGUGUUGAAGACGCGAGCACGUUUACCGGCCAGGCAGGACUAAACGAUGCACAGAAGAUGGAGCUGAGGUGGAUUUUAACGCUGUGUUGUGUUUUUCUCCUGAGUGGAGCGGAGUUUAGUGCUGCUCAGAAGGGGCCAUAUCGCCCACCCGUAGACACAAGAUGGCAGAAAUAUCUGAACAAGAUCUCUGAAGCAGCCAAGAAGUUUCAGCCAUGCAGCCAAGAGAACUGCAGCUGCCACACCAGUGUCCUGAAAGACGACCUGCAGCUUUUCAGAAAUGGCAUAUCAAAGGAGCUAAUGCUGAACACGGUGCAGCGAGGUGUGGGAACACACUACCAGGUUAUCGGGCACAAGCUCUACCGAGAACAGGACUGCAUGUUCCCGGCAAGGUGCAGUGGAGUGGAGCAUUUUAUCCUGGAAGUGAUUGACAGAUUGCCUGAUAUGGAGAUGGUCAUUAAUGUUCGGGACUACCCUCAGGUGCCUGCAUGGUCUCAGCAGCUGCUGCCUGUUCUGUCCUUUAGCAAGACACCAGACUACCGGGAUAUCAUGUACCCUGCGUGGACGUUUUGGGAGGGAGGUCCUGCAGUGUGGCCUAUUUAUCCCACUGGACUGGGACGGUGGGACCUGAUGAGAGAUGACCUGAAAAAAUCAGCUGCUCAGUGGCCCUGGAAAAAGAAAAGUUCCAAAGGAUUCUUUAGGGGCUCCAGAACUAGUCCAGAGAGAGACCCUUUAGUACUACUUUCCAGAGAGGCUCCUGACCUGGUGGAUGCAGAAUAUACAAAGAACCAGGCCUGGAAAUCUGAGAAGGACACUCUGGGAAGACCACCAGCCAAAGAAAUUCCGCUCGUAGACCACUGUGAAUACAAGUACCUCUUUAAUUUCCGUGGAGUAGCAGCCAGCUUCCGCCUCAAGCACCUGUUCCUCUGCGGUUCCUUGGUGUUCCACGUCGGGGAGGAGUGGCUGGAGUUCUUUUACCCUCAGCUCAGGCCCUGGGUUCACUACAUCCCUGUCAGACAAGACCUUACUGACCUCAGGGAGCUGCUGCAGUUCGUCAAGGAAAAUGACAAAGUGGGAGAAGCUAUUGCAAUAAGAGGUCAGGCGUUCAUACAGGAUCACCUGCGUAUGGAAGACGUGUCCUGCUACUGGGAAAGGCUCCUCACCGACUUCAGCAAGCUCCUCACAUACAAGCCUAAGCGCAAAUCCAACUACAAGCAGGUCACUCACAAGCCCAGUAGGUCUGAACUGUGAACGGUGGACAGUCUGGAGUAUCUGAACCUGAAGAUUGUAACAGUGCUGCAGGUCAAACCAGUAAGCCACUGGCUUUGGCACUGGUUUAAGCCCUUCUUAAAGUUGAAGGGACCCUGAGCUAUUACAGACUGUCCAUUAGCAUUCAUAGCAUUUAUAGGUUCAUAGUAGUUACUGAGCAAUAAGUCUUAAGAUUAAUAGCUGAAUAAAUAGAUGCUUUUUGACCCUGGUAAAUCAAUACUAAAGGCAGCUCUUCAUAAUGAAUCGAAUGUUCGGUGCCCAAAGCUCUCAUCAGAAGCCAGAAAUUGAGGUUUAAAUAGGAAAUAAAUACAUAAAUAAAUGUGGUGGACCCAUUUACACAUUGCUCUUUCCUACAGUGCAUUUGUUUAUUUAUCGUACUCUGUCUAUGGCUGCUUAUGACUGUAAUGUCUCUACAUACUUAGUAAAGGCAGCUUUAUGAAGGCAUCUUCACUGAUUUUAAGUUUCUGCAGCUUCUAAUACACUCCAAAGUGCUCCUUUCUCAGUCAUGUUCAGCUAUCACGACAAAUGACCUUUGAUGUACUGUUUUUUUCUUUACAUUUUACAUGGGCGUGGUAAUGUCUCCCUUGACUUUUGCUCCAUGUCUCAUGGAAGCAUGAAUGUCCAAUGCUGCACUGACCUGUGCGAUAUGCAUGUGGGGUCUUCUGCAUCAAAUGUGAAUGGGACAAUCACACAGACAAUUCUACCCAGACACCACCAGUCACAAUCAUUACCACAUACUGCACUGUCCACUGUGAGUGGUAAUGCCUUUUAAGGUGUAUUCCCAGUAGACAAGUGACACUGUGAAUCGAGGAAUGAUGAAUUCCAACACGAUUUUGGAAAUGGCAUGUCUGAUUCAUCUUUGAUUCACAAUCAGAUCUCGCUUCAAUCAUUUCUCUGAUGAUUCAUGUAGCUACUGGGACCCUGAACAUGCAGGCCAGUGUUCAGCCUUACAAGAUAACACCUCACAGAUUCUACAGGUGUGGGCAUGCCCAAGCGAUUUCCUGAGGUAACACUUGAUGAUAGAUUUACACACUGAUCCCAUGACUUUUGGCAUGUCAGUGUAAAGCGAAAAGUCUGCUGAGAUUCAAAACUUCCCCUUACCCCAAAUGUGCUCCAUCAUUAAAUACAUGUUUAGGGUCCAAAGUUUAUUAUUUUGUUUUAUUGAGUUUCACAAACAUAGAAAUCAAAUAGAAUUUUUUCAUCCAUGCAAUGUAAUUUUAUUUACAACCCAAAUUUCAAUGAAGUUCAACUUAUAUUCAAUUGAAUAAACUACAAAGAAAAAGAGUAUUUAAUCUUCAAACAGAUAAACUUUAUUGUUUCUUGCAAAUAUUCACUCAUUUUUAAUUUGAUGUCUUGAACUGAAGUUUGGGACAGGAGCAACAAAAGACUGAGAAAGUUGAAGGAUGCUUAAAAACACCUGGGGCAUUCCACAGGUGAACAGGUUCUAUGAAAACAGGUGAGAAUCAUGAUUGGAUAUAAAGGGAGCAUCCCUGAAAGGCUCAGUUGUUCACAAGCAAGGAGAGAUGCAUGGGGAGAGAUUCACCAUCAUUUGUGAACAAUUGCUUGAGCAAAUAGUCCAACAGUUUAACAAUAACGUUUUUCAAUGUGCAAUCGCAAGAAAUUUAGAGAAAGAAAUUUCAUCAUCUAUAGCCCAUAAUGUCAUUAUGAAGUGCACAAUACGACAACAGAGGCUCCGUAAGGAGAGCAACUAAAGAAGUACAUCAAGCAAAAAUGGCAAAGAAUUCCACCUAUAAAGCUUUAACUUUGGAACGUGUUGCAGCAUCAAAUUUUUAAAUUGAGUAAAUAUUUGCCAAAAACUUUUUUUUUCCUGUUUGAACAUUAAAUAUCUUGAUUUUGUAGUGAAUAAAAUUUAAUUUAGUUUUUAAAUGAUUUGCAAAUCAUUGUAUUUUUUUUUUAUUAAUGUUUUCCUCAAUUUCCCAACUUCAUCGGAAUUGGGGAUGUAGAUUUUUGACUAAAAUUAGUUUUUAGGUUUUGAGGUGAUAGAAAAUUAUAUAUUGGGUUAUUUUAAGCUUUUUUAUGUCCAGGGACUUAUAACUUAUAAUUUUCUUAUAACAGUCUGUGUCUACAGAAUAAUACUGUAGUUAGAGUGAAAUAAAAUAAGAACUAAAGAACUAAUAAAAGAACUAGUCAUUAGUUUUAGGCUCUUGCUUUUUUUUAUUUCCAUUGUUUUUAUUUCCAUGUCUGGAACCAGACCUGUGACUUAAUGAAUACAGAUUUAUAUAGAGGCAUACUGCUGAGUGGCAAAAUUAAAAUAAAGCUGCUCUCCAGUAUGAACACAAAUAUGUUAUAAGAUGUAGCGAUAACGCACACCUAUUAAUUAAGAGAAAGUAUUAUUAUAAAAUAUUAUUUUGUAAAAAUAAUUCUGGCUGUUAUUUUUGCUAAAUAUUUUGCUCAGCAUUCUUCAUUUAAAAAUAAUAAUGCAACAUCUAGGAGCUUAUAUCUGUAUAAAUACUGUAGAAAAAAUAAAAUACAUGCUUACAUACAGCUCUGGAAAAAAUGAAGAGACCACUUCAGUUUCUGAAUCAGUUUCUGUGAUUUUACUAUUUAUAGGUAUAUGUUUGAGUAAAAUGAACAUUGUUGUUUUAUUAUAUAAACUACAGAAAACAUUUUUCCCAAACUCCAAAUAAAAAUAUGGUCAUUUAGAGCAUUUAUAUUCAGAAAAAGAGAAAUGGCUGAAAUAACAAAAAAGACGCAGAGCUUUCAGACCUCAAAUAAUGCAAAGAUAACAAGUUCUUAUUCAUAAAGUUUUAGGAGUUCAGAAAUCAAUAUUUGGUGGAAUAACCCUGGUUUUUAAAUCACAGUUUUCAUGCAUCUUGUUUGUUUUCCGUCACCAGUCUUACACACUGCUUUUGGAUAACUUUGUGCCACUCCUGGUGCAAACACUGAAGCAGUUCAGCUUGGUUUGAUGGCCUGUGAUCAUACAUUUUCCUUUUGAUUAUAUUCCAGAGGUUUAUAAUCAAAGAACCUCAUCAUUUUUAAGUGGUCUCUUGUUUUUUUCAGAGCUGUAAAUCAUUUCUACAACAUAGUAUCACUUUAUAUAAGUCUAUAGACAAAAUUAUCAGGACACCUGCUUAUUAAUUGUUUGUUUUCAAAUAUAGGGGUAUUGAAAAUGAGUCUAUUCUUCUAUUGUUGGAGGAACUGUCUCUACUGUCCAAGAAAAGGAUUUCUACUAGAUUCUGGAGCAUUGCUGUGAGGAUUUGAUUGCAUAAUUUAUAGACAUUUAUAUACAUCUGCAGACGGUCUGAUAGUGUAUUAUUUGAGGGAUAGCCACAGUCUUUACUGCCCUCUACUGUCAGAAAAAUGGAGAGACCGGUCCUUAUGAAUGUAGUGCAGUUUCCUCUUAUGUGUUUGUGCUGUCCCUGCCAGUGGAACUAAAGGUUAUUCACAGGUAUUUUUGAGCAGAGCCAUAGAUAAACCAUUUUCAUUAAGUAAAGGAUAUUUAGAGUUUCCAAAUUCAACACGGAAGUGCCACGAUCAAACCAGAACAUCAUCGUUUUUUCCAUCAACGCCGCCACAAUGGCACUGCAAUGUCGAAUAUGUUCUAGUAUUCUUCAGGUAUGCACAGAGAGCCUGCCUAAGAUCUCCCGCAUUUCUGAAUAAUAUGAUGUGGCCACGACUUAGUAAGGGGUGAAACAAGAUCCUUAAAUUGUUUCUAUCACAUGCUGAGGCAGGGGAACAAGAUAUUUAAGUCAUGGCUAUGAUAUGAUAAGGCACUGAAACAAGAUAAUUAAGGUGAGGGAAUGUACUGUAAGUCAUGGCAACCAUGUAGUGAAGUGUGGGAAAGUAAGUCUUGGUCACAACAGCAGAAGGUGUGGGAAUAAGAUAAUUAAGGCGUGAGAAUGUACUGUAAGUCAUGGCAACCAUCUACUAAAGUGUGGGAAUGUAAGUCUAUAUCACAACUGCGUAAGGUGUGGGAACAAGAUUAUUAAGUCAUGGCUAUGACACGAUAAGCCAUGGGAACAAGAUAAUUAAGGCUUGGGAAUGUAAGUCUUAGCAACCACUAAAUUAAGUGUGGGAAUGUACGUCUUGAUCAAGGUGUGGAAACAAAAAAAUUAUUUUGCGGAAAUAACAUGAUAAGGCAUAGGAGCAAGAUGAUUAUCUUGUUUUCAUGCCUUACUGUGUGUGGCCAUCAUUUAUUGAGCUCUUUUCCACGUAAUUAUGUUGUGGCCCUGACUCAAUAUAAGGCUUUGUCACAAUUUCGUAAAAUGUGUAAAAAAAAUAUAUAUAUAGACAUAGGAUGAAGUUCUUUUUACCAUGUGUUACCUAAUAAUGCACAUGACUUAUUUAUCUUGCUUCUACACGUUACUAAGUCAUAGCCACGUUUUAUUUGUAUUUAUUCAGGAUGUCUCAGCAGGGCUCCGUAAGUCUGAUAUUUUAUGUUUAGCUCUAGCGGUAGCGUGGAUUUACACUGUGCUCAGUUUUUUUCACUGACUCAAUUGUGAUUGAAAGGCCAAAAGCCAAACUUACAAUAAAUAGUGAACAGUGAACUACACAAUUUGUAUUCAGCAUCAGCACUCUUACCUCUUCAUGUGUGUUUUUUUACAUUCAGAUACUCGUGUUCAUGCAGAAUGCUCUGAAAUGAUGUUUGGAAAAUACAAUAUUUUGCUUUGGAGACCAAAUAAAUUGUAUUUUCAAGA